AUGGAGGAAAAUGAAGAGGAAAUUGAGGAUGAGGACGCGAAUGAAGUGGUCGUGGGUAAAGGUAAGGUUCCCCCUCAUUUGAUAAUAAGGGAUGAUAAUGGGAAGGUUAUUAUACAAACUUGUGGUAGCGAGCUUGUUCCGGACAAAGAAGUAGAAAAUGCCAUUAAUUAUGCGAUACACAAACAAUUUUAUAGGGGUUUCUAUAAUUGGACAGCAGUUCCCGCUGAUGUCAAAGAAAAAUGGUUUGCUCUUUUUGCGGACAAGGUUUCAUAG